AUGGAAAUGAAAGAAAGCACUGAUCAAAUGUACAACACAAUGGAGAAGAUGAAGCAGCUGCGGCAGCAAGACGCAGCGCUGACUGCAGCGAAGCAGCAGCUUAUAAAUCAAAUUAAGAGCGAAAAAGAAAAAAUUGCGGAGUUGAAAAAAAAAGAAAAUCUCCUCGAAGACUUCAAUGCAGCAAAAGAAACUGCAGCGCAGCUGCUGGAGGCUUUGCAGAACGGCGAGAAGAAACUGCAGACUCUUCUUACUGCUCGUGACUCGGCUUUGAUGGAACACACGGAAAUGGCGGCGUUGCUGGAAAACGAAAAGAAACUUUUAAAUGAAAAAGAAAAAGAAAUAAAAGAAAAAGAAAUGACAGAAAAAGAGGAGACCAUUGAUCAGAAAGAAGAAAAGGCUUCCGUUGCUUCUCUUGCUGCAGUGUCAACGCAGCAGAAAGAAAUGACCCAGGCUUUAAUUUGGGCUCGAAAAAGAGCAGAUUUGGAAUUAAAAAAGGUCGAUUUGGCAGAACAGCGACUGAGAGACAGAGAGAGUGAAAAGGCUCUUCUUGAUGAACACCUGAGGCAGCAGCAGCAGCAAAGAGAAGAAGAAGCAGCAGCAGUUGGGCGGCUGGAAGAGGAGAAGAAAAUGGCGGAAAAUGAAAUUUUGAAUUUGCGGAAAAAAGAAAAAGAAAUUCAAAAAAACAUUCAAGAACUCAGGGAGAAAGAAGCAAAUGCAAACAGCAAAAAGGAAGGAGCAGCAACUCAACUCCUGGAGCUCCGAGAGAAAUUGCACAAGAAAUAUAAAGAGGCUUGCGAGGGAGUGCGCGAGGAGUUCCGGUGUCACUACAGCAGCAUGCUGGCUCAGACUCUGGAGGACGAACGGAGGCGCCUCGCGGCGGAGGAGGCAAACAAGAAAGAAGCAAUUUUGCGAUUAAAGGAAUUAAUAAAAAGAAACUAA